AUGGCGGACAUCGACUCCAAAGGAUCAUCUCUUCAUGUAGAGUCAACCACAAAGCCAUACGAUGACAGGGUUUCGGGGUCCUUCGAAGGGUUGUCGGAGGAGGAAACACAAGCCUUGGAGAAGAAAUUGGUUCGCAAGAUCGAUCUUCAUCUGAUCUCCUCGCUCUUUCUGUUGUUCAUCUUCAACAUCCUCGACCGGUCGAACAUUGCCAAUGCCCGCCUCGGAGGAAUGCAAGAGGACCUCAACCUCUCAGACACCCAGUAUCAGACAGCGGUAGCCAUCAUGUUCGUUGGGUAUUUAUUGGGUCAGGUCCCAAGUAACAUUCUCCUCACCCGUCUGAAGCCAUCACGGUACAUCCCAACGGCAAUUUUCAUCUGGGGUGGCAUAUCACUGUGCACAGCAGCAACAAAGAACUUUGCCGGAAUCAUGUGUGUGCGAGUGUUCCUCGGGUUCGCCGAAUCACCUUUCUUCUCCGGAGCAUUGCUACUGAUAAGCUCCUGGUACAAGCCAACAGAGAUCGCCGUGCGGGUUGCUUUGGUGUACUGUGGAAACACAGUGGCCAACGGCUUCGGUGGCUUACUCGCCGCGGGCAUCAUGGACGGGUUGAACGGCAAGGGUGGGCUUGCCGGAUGGAGAUGGCUCUUCAUUAUCGAAGGAGCUGGCACGAUGGUAGCAGGUUUGCUGGCGGUUGCGCUUCUGCCCGACUUUCCGCGCUCAGGACAGCGCAAGUGGUUGAACGAGCAGGAACAACGCUUUGCGGAGUGGCGUCUGGCACGCGCUGCAAACGACGAGGUCGAUGAGAAUGGAUCCGUCAAAGAAGGCUUGAGAGAUGCACUCACAGAUCCAAAAGCAUGGAUGCUGAUCGCGAUUCAAAUCUGCCAGCUCACCUCGCAGAGCUGGACUUAUUUCUUCCCGACAAUCAUGAAAACCCUCGGAUUCGACAACACCAUCACCCUCCUCAUCACUGCUCCCGUGUACGUAUUCGGAUUCUUCACGGCGCUCGGGAACUCCUUGAUCGCAAACCGCACGAGCCACCGUGCAAUCUUGAUCAUCUGGCCCCUCUGCAUCGAUAUCGUCGGAAACAUCAUGGUCAUUUCGUCACAUGCGACAGCUGUCAGAUAUGUGGGAAUGUUCCUCAUGUGCGCCGGAUCUUAUUCGGCGUUCAAUGUUGUCCAAGCCUGGAUUGCAAGUACGAUCCCUCGGACACGCACCAAGCGGGCCAUUGUGUACGCACUGGUGAACUUGUUCGGUAACUCGUCGAACAUCUAUGGUUCUUACUUCUUCCCCACAUCCGACUCCCCGCAGUAUCGGCCUGGUGGUAUCACACUCUCGUCCUUUGCAGCGGCAGGCAUCGUGCUGACGUCGCUGUUGGCUGUUUAUCUUCAUCUACUCAACACCAAGGCAAAGAAGUCGGAGGAGCGGGAUGGCCAGCAACGGUACAAGUACAUCUGGUAG